ACGGUCGCAACAUACAUGCGAGAGGUCCUGCUCAAUCCCAGUGCCGGAUAUUACAGCACAAAAGGCAAGGUUUUCGGUACAGGCGGUGAUUUCGUAACGGCUCCUGAAAUUGGUCAAAUUUUCGGCGAGCUACUUGCGGUUUGGUGUAUAAAUGAGUUGCAAAAAUUCAACUACGAUGGUAAAAUCCAGCUUGUUGAACUUGGACCGGGUAAAGGUACGCUUAUGCAAGAUAUGUUGCGAGUAUUUGAAAAGUUGGGCCUAUCGAAGGAUCGUAUCAGUGUGCACUUAGUGGAAAUGAGUCCACUUUUGCAACAAGUACAAGCCGAAAGGCUCUGCAAUGGGAAAUCACAUCGCCUGUCAAUCGAUGAGGACGACUCGCACGUGCAAGAAGGAACAACAAAUUCCGGUGUCAGCGUUCGUUGGUACAGCGACAUUGUGGAUGUGCCGAAAGGAUUUUCCAUCGUUAUUGCAAAUGAGUUCUUCGAUGCACUUCCGGUGCACGUGUUUUGUAAAAAAGCCAAGGAGGAUAGUGCGGCAUGGAAAGAGGUUCUUGUAGACAUAGAUCCUAAACAAAGCGAACCUGGCUUCCGAUUUAUACAAUCCUCAAAAGCAACGCCUUACUCGGUAGUGUUCGGGAAAAGAUUCGACAGCAAAGCGCACCUUCUGAAGGAACGGACACGACUUGAAAUUUCAUUUGAAGCAGAACAAAUCGUCCAAAAUAUAGCGAAACGUUUUGAAAAACAUGGUGGCUUCGGCCUGAUAAUCGAUUACGGUCAUGAGGGCGACAAAACGGAUACACUGAGAUCCUUCAAAAAUCAUCAACUGCAUGACCCGCUUCAAGAUCCUGGAAGCGCCGAUUUGACAGCUGAUGUGGAUUUCGGAUUUUUAAAACAUUUCCUCGAACAGGACGAAACAGCUAUUACGCUCGGCCCUGUUCCGCAGGGUGUUUUCCUUGAAGCGAUGCAGGGUUCUACACGAUUGAAAAGUUUGUUGAAUGCAACUGCUGAUGAAAAUUACAAGGUAAUCCUGCAGCAAGGCUAUGAGGAAUUGACGAAUCCGUCUAAAAUGGGUGACCGUUUCAAACUGUUGUCGGUUUUUCCUUCGUCUUUGAAGAGCUUUCUGCAGGCCUCCAAUAAAGUGAUUGGGUUUGAACCAAAAGAGUAAAUUUGAUAAAUUAAAACUUGGACAUUUUAAAAUAAAAAUUAAAGUGAUUUCAUCUAAGUAAA